CUCUCUCUCUCUCUCUCUCUCUCUCUCUCUCUCUCUCUCUCUCUCUCUCUCUCUCUCUCUCUGUCUCUGUUUAUACAGAUAGAUACAGAUAGAUAGAUGUACACAGAUACAGACUUGUGCUUGUGGAGUAUAAAUGUAAGAGCAUGAAGCACAGUGUGUCUCUCCCCACAGGCACCUCCCGCCUCGCGCCUUCCUUCCUCCCGUCUCCCGGAGUGUACACACCUGCACUCUUGAGGCUGCUGGCGAGAAGAACUGUGUCCCAAGCCCUCCACCAUGGCCGCCGCUCCGAAAGUUUGCGUCCGUCGCGCGAAGCUCAUCUUCCUGAUGGAGAACGCAGGCAAGGACGUCUUGACCUUCGUGUUGAAGCGCGGCGCGCUGAACGCCCCCGCCACGCCGCCAGGCCAGUCCCUCAUUGACUACCUUGACAACCUCCCUCAAGGCUCGACAGCCAACUAUGGCAGGAUGAGUAACAAACAAAAGAAAGCAGCACUGAACCACAGUUCAGUGCUGCUUAUCCUCUGACGUGACUACUUUAUUCAUUAUUUUUUGUAUCAUCAGCGAACUUAGAUACUUUACAGGUGAGGUCCUCAUCGAUAUCAUUAACGUAAAUAAGGAAAAGAACAGGGCCGAGCACAGAUCCCUGUGGUACACCACUUAAAACUUCUCGCCAGUUUGAAAAUGUACCAUUUAAAACAACGCGCUGCUUUCUCUCAGACAGCCAGUCUGAGACAGCCAAUUGAGAAGUUUUCCAUUUAUACCAUAUGACUUCAAUUUAGCUAGUAGCCGGAACUUUGUCAAAAGCUUCUUGAAAAUCUAGAUACACUAAAUCUACUGCCUUUGUUUCGUCGUAAAUGGUGAAAAUAUCAUUAAAGAAAUCAAGAAGAUUAGUUAGACAAGAACGUCUGUUUCGGAAGCCAUGCUGUGAGUCAUUGAUUAAAUCAUUUAUAUGUAGAUAGUUCACUACAUUGUUGCAAUUUACUGUUUUCAUCAGUUCACAUACUACAGAUGUAAGGCUGAUAGGGAUGUAGUAGGAAGAAGAGGAGGAGGAGGAGGAGGAGGAGGAGGAGGAGGAAUAAGAGAACGAAGAGAAAAAGGAGAGCUAGAAGGAAGGCGAGAAAAGGAGGAGGAAGAGGAAGAUGAAGAGGAGGAGGAAGAAGAACAAAAAGACGAGGAAAAGGAGAGCUAGAAGGAAGGCGAGAAAAGGAGGAGGAAGAGAAAGAUGAAGAGGAGGAGGAAGAAGAACAAAAAGACGAGGAAAAGGAGAGCUAGAAGGAAGGCGAGAAAAGGAGGAGGAAGAGGAAGAUGAAGAGGAGGAGGAAGAAGAACAAAAAGACGAGGAAUAAGAGGAAGAUGAGGAGGAGGGGGACGAAGAAGAACAGGAAGAGGAGGAGUGAGGAGGAGGAGGAGGAGGAGGAGGAGGAGUUAUCUUUAUCAAUACUAUUAUGGAACAGUGAAUAAAGAAAUUAAUAAACAGAUAAGUAGUGUGUGUGUGUGUGUGUGUGUGUGUGUGUGUGUGUGUGUGUGUGUGUGUGUGUGUGUGUGUGUGUGUCCAGGCAGCACACAGGUGCACAACACUCGGCCAUUACAGGAGUCACCUUGAGAGGUUCAUGGGUCACUUAAGUGGUGCCGGCACACAGCUGCUGCAGGAGUGGCGGGACCUGGGGGUGCUCAGCCUGGCCGUGUGUGACCAAGACGCCCAAGAGGUUCUGGCCGCCAUCAGCGCCGUCCACGUGUCAUUGCCUCGGCUACACAUCCUCUGCCUACACGUCCCCGUGGGUGCCGUGAGGACACAGGCGUGCACCACACGGCUGCCUGGCUGCCCAGGGGUGUUCCUCGUGUUGUCUGGCGUGGACGAGAGGCUGCUGGAGGAGGCGGCCCAGAUAGCACAGCUCCUGCAGCCCACACAGCGCCCACUGGCAGCGGGGAUGGGUCGGAGUGUGAGCCGUGUGAGCGACUCAUCAAAAGCUACCCCAUCUGGUUCCUGCCUGACUUACAGCGAUCCGGCGCCGUUCACCUCCUGCAGGGCAAGGACGAAGGGGUAGGUGGCGUCACUUGUCCGUAUCCGGUUGUGUCGAGUUGAUAGAUGGAGGAAUUGAGUUUUUGAGGCAUUGAACAAUACCAAGUUUGCUCUGCCCCAAUC